GUAAACGUCUGAGCCGCCAUUUAGAGCGGAAUAUAACGGACUACAGGAGAAAAGCAGGAGAAAAGCAGGAGAAAACGGAUUUCCAACAUGAGUCUCUCUGCAGAACCAGACACAAAAUCAGACAAGAGUCUGAUGGAGAAGAGAUCAGACUCACCAGAUCCCAGCUGUGUGUCCAUGAAGAGUGACCAGUCGAUGGGUCUUCCAUAUCACUUUAAAGGCAGUUUUACUGAUCCGAGACCACAGAAGAAGAAAUCAGACAGGAGCAAACAUCUGGAAUCCAUAUUUAAGGAACUGGAACACAAAGUCAUCACACUGAUAAAGAAGGAGCUGAAGAGGUUUAGGGAACUCCUGAAUCCAGAUUACCCAGCAUGCACUGAGAGGGAGGAUGAGGAGGAUCUGCACAGUGUCAGAGAGGGAGCGAUGAAGAUCACACUGCACGUCCUGAAGAACAUGAACCACAAAGAUCUUGCUAACACACUGUACAACAAGCUGGUUAAUGUUUCUGUGUCUCACCAAAACCUCAAAUCCAGCCUGAGAGAGAAGUUUAAAACAGUUAAUGAAGGAAUCUCACAACAUGGAAGUUCAGCACUUCUGAAUGAGAUCUACACAGAGCUCUACAUCACAGAGGGAGGGAGUGGAGACGUUAAUAAAGAACAUGAGGUGAGACAGAUUGAGACAGUGUCCAGGAGACCAGCAACACAGGAGACACCCAUCAAAUGUAAUGAUCUCUUUAAAGACAAGUCCAUCAGAAGUGUGCUGACUAAAGGAGUUGCUGGAAUUGGAAAAACAGUCUCUGUGCAGAAGUUCAUUCUGGACUGGGCUGAAGGAAAAGCAAAUCAGGACGUCACCUUCAUGUUUCCACUUCCCUUUAGAGAGCUGAACCUGAUGAAGCAGAAACAUCUCAGUCUGAUGGAUCUUCUUCAUCACUUUUUCCCAGAAAUAAGAAAACUAGAAUUAAUAGACUGUGACUCCUACAAAGUGGUGUUGAUCUUUGAUGGUCUGGAUGAGUGUCGACUUCCUCUAAAUUUCCAGAACAAUGAGAUACUGAGUAAUGUAACAGAAUCAGCCUCAGUGGAUGUGCUGCUGACGAACCUCAUCAAGGGGAAUCUGCUUCCCUCUUGUCCCUCUUGGAUCACCUCUCGUCCAGGAGCAGCCAAUCAGAUCCCUCCUGAGUGUGUAGACCAGGUAACAGAGAUAAGAGGGUUCAGCGAUCCUCAGAAAGAGGAGUACUUCAGGAAGAAGAUCGGUGAUCAGAGCCUGUCCAAUAAAAUCAUCACACACAUGAAGUCUUCAAGAAGCCUCCACAUCAUGUGCCACAUCCCAGUCUUCUGCUGGAUCUCAGCCACUGUUUUAGAGAGAAUGUUGGGUGAAGCAGAAAGUGAAGAGAUCCCCAAGACUCUGACUCAAAUGUUCACACACUUCCUGAUCUUUCAGAUCAAACACAAGGACCAAAAGUACCAUCAGAAAUGUGACCCUGAUCCUCAGCAGACCAGAGAGAGCAUCCUGGCACUGGGAAAACUGGCUUUCCACCAGCUGGAGAAAGGAAACCUGAUCUUCUAUGAGGAAGACCUGAGAGAGUGUGGCAUUGAUGUGAGAGAAGCUUCAGUGUACUCAGGAGUGUGUACUCAGAUCUUCAGAGAGGAGUUUGGGCUUCACCUGGGGAAGGUGUUCAGCUUUGUACAUCUGAGUGUUCAGGAGUUUCUGGCUGCUUUAUACACAUUUCUGUCCUUUAUCUGUCACAAGAAAAAUGUGUUACUGGAGCAGAACACUAACAUUUUUAGUUACUUCAGAAAUACAAGCAUGUCUGAGUUCCUCAGGAGUGCAGUGGAGAAGACCUUACAGAGUGAGAAUGGACACCUGGACCUGUUCCUCAGCUUCCCUGGUCUCUCACUGGAGUCCAAUCAGACUCUCUUACGAGGUUUAAUGCCACAGACAGGAAGUAGCUCUCACAGCAAACAGGAAACAGUCGAGUACAUCAAGGAGAAGAUCAGAGAGAAUCCAUCUCCAGAGAAAUCCAUCAAUCUGUUCCACUGUCUGAAUGAACUGAAUGAUGAUUCUCUGGAGCAGGAAGUAAAAACUUAUCUGAAUAGAGGAGGUAACAGUCGUCUCAGUAGAUCCAGACUCUCUCCUGCUCAGUGGUCUGCUCUGGUGUUUGUGUUACUGAACUCAGAACAGGAGCUGGAUGUGUUUGAUUUGUGGAAAUAUGAUCAAUCAGAUGAAUGUUUUCUGAAGCUGCUUCCGGUGGUCAAAGCCUCCAGAAAAGCUGAUCUGCAUGGGUGUAAUCUGACAGAGGAAAGCUGUAGAACUCUGUCCUCAGUUCUCAGCUCAAACUCCUCCAGACUGAGAGAACUGUACCUGAGUCACAAUAACCUGCAGGAUUCAGGAGUGACGCUGCUCUCUGCUGGACUGGAGUCUCCACACUGUACACUGGAGAUACUGAGUUUGUGGGGGUGUAACCUGACAGAGGAAAGCUGUAGAACUCUGUCCUCAGUUCUCAGCUCAAACUCCUCCAGACUGAGAGAACUGAACCUGAGUAACAAUAACCUGCAGGAUUCAGGAGUGACGCUGCUCUCUGCUGGACUGGAGACUCCACACUGUACACUGGAGAUACUGAGUCUGUAUGAGUGUAAUCUGACAGAGGAAAGCUGUAGAACUCUGUCCUCAGUUCUCAGCUCAAACUCCUCCAGACUGAGAGAACUGAACCUGAGUAACAAUAACCUGCAGGAUUCAGGAGUGACGCUGCUCUCUGCUGGACUGGAGACUCCACACUGUAGACUGGAGAAACUGAGGAUGAGUGAGUGCAGGAUUACAGAUGAAGGAUGUUCUGCUCUGGCUUCAGCUCUGAGGGUAAAUUCAUCAUCACACCUCAGAGAACUGAAUCUGAACAGGAAUAAAGCAGGAGAAUCAGGAGUGAAGCUGCUCAGUGAUCUACUGAAGGAUCCACACUGCAACCUGAAGAAACUAUACAUUGAGGUGUUUGAUCCCCAUGAUGGGUGCAUUGACAAGUCCUCUCUAAACUAAGUUUUUUCCAUAAGGUUUCAGUCUUCAGAUUCUCCCAGGUCUCCUCAGACCUCAAGUCCUCCAGAACAUCUAAAACCUCAAGCUCUGAUGGAUGUACAAUACUGUAACCUCCUGCACCAUGACAGUGAAUCAGUAGUUUGUCUACAGAUGAUGUUCAGUUGUGAUUCUGAUGUAAAUAAUUUCUCAUGUAAAAUGUGUUUAUUGUGAAUCUGUGUUACUUUAUAAUUUAAUAGAAAUCUGAUGAUUUGUUGUGAGUGAUGAAAUUCCAUGCCUCUGUCUGCUGAUUGGUUUGUUGGGUUCAGAUCAACAGGUUCUUUUUCCAGACUUUAACUGUUUCUGCUGGACAGUAAGUAGAUAUUUGGAGGUGGAAAAGUGCAGAAAGGUUCCAGCACUAGUAUUUUAUUGCAGCAUUACAGCAUAUAUUUGAUCUGAUUAUAUAUAAAAAUGUUAUUGUAUAAUUAUUGUACAUCUCUAAUCUCACAUCUCUGAGCCCCAUGACAUCACUUCCUGUUCACAUGACUGCAACAACCACUCUCAAGUUGUUUCAAGUAGUGUUUCAUUAUUUACUGUGUGUGUGUGUGUGUGUGUGUGUGUGUGUGUGUGUGUGUGUGUUCUCUUCAGGUUGUUUAUAUCUGGAGUUCUGCAGCAUCAUCACCAUGUUACAGAACAAGUGAAAUAGUUUCCCUAUAAAGUAACAUAAUUUCUGCUGCAUUUCAGUGUAACGUCUCUGCAUUUAGCUUUGACUGUUGGACAUAUUCAGAUCUUUAAUGUAAAACAUGGACGUGUCCUGUAUGUGCAUCUGAGCUUUCAUACAUUUUUAUAUGCAGAUAUUUUAAUGUACAUGAUGUGUAGCACAAAUAAAGGAAAAACUU